CACACUGACUUGACUGGUGAUCUUUCCUGAGCUUCGAACAGUUAUGGCUCGUUUGCUAAGAUCAAACUUGAGGGGAUUCCUGAUUAACCAGAUCAGGAUGUCGUCUGACCAGCUAGGUGAGCUGGGCAAAGGAGCUGGAAAGGGAGGAGGAGGUGGAGGGGCAGUUCGUGAGGCUGGAGGGGCCUUUGGCAAGAAGCAGGCGGCAGAGGAAGAGAGAUAUUUCAAGCAAAAGGAGCAGGAGCAGCUGGCUGCGUUGAGACGACACCACGAGGAGGAGAUCGAACACCACAAGAAGGAAAUCGAGCGCCUGCAGCGGGAAAUCGAUCGCCACAAAGGCAAGAUCAGGAAGCUGAAGCAUGACGACUAAGGUCCGGCUAGGCUAUUGCGUAUGGGCGUCUGCGCCACACCUCAUCCAUCGCCUGCACCGCUGCCCUGCGCGGCUUUGUUGUGUAGUUAUUGUACGCGAUAAAAUGAAUAAAACACUCAAUAAAGUGCACACACUUUUUCCAAAGCC